UCGGAGUUCGCUCUCUCGCCACAAGGGGAGCACCACUCUAUGAACUUUGGUCUUGAAACGGAGAACUGAAUGGGCGUGUCGGAAAGAUGUGUCACUCAACCCCUGAAUUAUGUUGUUCCUGUUCAAGCAGUGCAGCGGGUGGACGUUUGAACGAUGUGUCCCCGCAGUACAAAUUACUUCACAGACUAUAUCUGCAACACUUUUAGCUGAUGCCCUUGAUCUUCAAUGACAAUCAUCUACAAAUAUCUAUUUAUAAUAUAUAAAUAUCGGGAGACGGAAUUUGGACACAUUCCUGUGUCAUAGAGGACGUAUACGAUGGAUGAUCUAUGGGCUAUAACCCUGUGGGGGCUGAAGACUUGGUUGUACCUACUCCUGGCAUCAAUCAUGGUGCCCGCCAUGUUUGGCUUCUCUCUGGGCGUCUCAGAGACCUACAUGACCAUCCUGGUGAAGACACUGGAGUGGGCCACUUUGAAGAUGCGCAAAAACACAGAGGACCAUGCCCUCAAAGCUUCACCAUCUAGCAGUCUGAUCCAGAGGGGGAACAACUCUAUGGAGAAAGAGUUUGAGGAGCUCAGACGCAGUCGCCCAAAACAACCGCUAGGUGGCGACUUCACAUUCAGUGACUCUUUCUAUUUCACCCGUCAAGGCAUUGAAAGCAUUGUAGAAGAUGAGGUGACCCAGCGGUUCUCCUCUGAGGAGUUGGUGUCAUGGAACCUGUUGACCCGCACCAACAACGAUUUCCACUAUAUCAGCCUGAAACUGACUCUGGUGUACGGCUUGGGCGUCCUUAUCAGAUACUGCAUCCUCGCCCCGCUCAGAAUUACCCUGGCUACUAUCGGUCUCUCCUGGCUCGUCAUAGGAACAUCUGCGGUCGGGCUUCUACCAAACGGAAGGAUUAAGACCUGGCUGAGCGAGUGGGUUCAUUUGAUGUGCUACAGGAUCUGUGCCCGGGGUCUUUCUGCAGCAAUUCAGUAUCACAACAAAGAAAACCGACCCCAGAAGGGAGGGAUCUGUGUGGCCAAUCACACUUCUCCCAUUGAUAUUGUGAUCCUCUGUAAUGACGGAUGCUACGCCAUGGUGGGCCAGAUCCACGGGGGGCUGAUGGGAGUGCUCCAGAGAGCCAUGGUGCGAUCCUGUCCUCAUGUCUGGUUCGAAAGGGCUGAGAUGAAAGAUCGACACCUAGUGACCAAGAGGUUGACCGACCACGUAAAUGACAAGACAAAACUUCCCAUACUGAUUUUCCCAGAGGGCACUUGCGUCAACAACACCUCUGUGAUGAUGUUCAAAAAGGGAAGCUUUGAGAUUGGAGGAACGAUAUACCCAGUCGCCAUUAAGUAUGACCUGAAGUUUGGAGACGCCUUCUGGAACAGUUCAAAGUACAACAUGGUCAGUUACCUGCUCAGGAUGAUGACCAGUUGGGCGCUGGUCUGUGAUGUCUGGUACCUGCCACCCAUGCAUCAACAGGAGAACGAAGACGCAGUCCGGUUUGCCAACAGAGUUAAAUCAGCCAUUGCUCACCAGGGUGGACUAUUAGAUCUGCAAUGGGAUGGUGGCCUGAAGAGGGCAAAGGUCAAGGAAUCGUUCAAGGAGGAGCAGCAGAAGCAGUACAGCAGUAUGAUGGUUGGAGACGACAGCAGCAACAGUGACUAAAGGGGUCAAAGUGCAGUGGGUCGCUAACAGACUUGUCCUCAGCAAGUGAUGGCUGAUGGCUGUUUGAUUGGACUGGACGUUGAAUACCACUGACUGAAUAUGUCCUCAAGAGUCGCAGGACCGGAAUGGAUUACUUUUGACUGUUAAAGGAACGAUUUUCGACAACAACAAGCAUGGGUAUCUUUUAAAUGGAGUAAUGAAGAACAUAAACAGACCGAACAAACUAAAUGGAUUCACCUUUGUGAUGCCAUUUUACCUUUGAUGCCCAACUGGGAAACAUUAUGAAACAAUCUUGUUAUUUUAGAAUGAAUUUAAGAUCUUUUCUAAUAUUUCUCCAAUGCGUCCCACCAUAUUUCUCUUUCCCAAUCUAUUUAUCUCUCUAUUUAUCCCUUUAUCUCUCAUCUAGUGGCGGAAAGCCAAGAUACAUUUUCACUGCCAAACUGUUUCAGAAGGUUACAAGGCAUCGUCAUUUACAAUGUAAGAAAAACAAGAUCAGAUCUGAGCAAGAAAGGAAUGCAGCCUGAGCAUAUAUAGCCUAGAGAGGGAGGUUCGUAUCACUCAGACUGUAGUAAAUAAUUUACUUCUAAAACAGUUAAAAAUGGCAGGGAGACAUUUUUUAUUAUUAAGGAAAACCUCACCAGUCAUUAAACAAUUACCAAUCUUCCAGUCCAAAGGUGAAAGGUCACAAAAAUGCAACAGGGAGGUGUUGGCAAAUGAAAUAAUACAUCAUGGUGUCAGGCAUUGCAGACGUACAAAGUCAGUAGAUGAUGGGUGGUCUUUAUAGCAGGGUGCAUGUUUUGGACUUCCUUAAACUCUUGUCACUUGGCGGUUUCUCUUCCGAUUCAUCGUCGCUGCCUUGAGACUUCUCUGUGAUCCCUUUUUUAAAAUGUAAAAAAAAACCUUCAGUGCCUUCCUGAGUCAUUUAGCUUGAUCUAUCAAUUCAAUGUUUCUCACCAUCAUCCUCGCCAUGGUGUGGGGGACUGGCAUCCUGGGAUGAAAUCAGACAAUAUGGGUUUUAAUAAAUAACCGACACCAACUCUUCAGUUGAUGGUGUUGGGGUGUUUCCAAAAUGUCAGUGAAAAGUGUGGAUACAUAAUAAGACUGAGUCCAUUGUGUGUUUUUGUAAAACGGAUACACCACUUA